AUGCUGCGCCCGGAUGCUACCCGCAAGAAAGAGUACAAGAAGGGCAUUGAUGCUGAGGAGGCGCGCCGUAAGCGUGAGGACAAUAUCAUCGCGCUCCGACAGAACAAGCGCGAUGAGAACCUUCAGAAGAAGCGCUCUACCUUUGCGCCGGCCUCUGCGACGGCGAACUUCGGUAUUGAGGACAGUACCAAGAACUCUGUAGGGCGGCACCAACUCGACGAGUUACCUAUGAUGGUGCAUGGUGUCUUCCAUGGAAACACUAGUGAACAGUAUGAUGCAACACAGCGCUUCAGGAAGCUGCUCUCCAUCGAGCGCAACCCACCCAUUGAGGAGGUCAUCAAAACUGGUGUCAUUCCAAAGUUUGUCGAGUUCCUACAGCGUCACGACACGCCCCAGCUGCAGUUUGAGGCAGCUUGGGCUCUGACCAACGUUGCUUCCGGGACAUCGGAGCACACCAAGGUUGUGAUAGACCACAACGCUGUACCAAUCUUUGUGGAGCUUUUGAACUCACCGAAUGACGACGUUCGUGAGCAGGCGGUAUGGGCGCUGGGCAACAUCGCUGGCGACUCUCCUAAGUGCCGCGACUAUGUUCUGAGCCACAAUGCUUUGCCGCCCCUACUGGAGCAGCUGAAGGAGAACAGCAAAAUCUCUAUGCUUCGCAACGCGACGUGGACGCUGUCUAACUUUUGCAGGGGGAAGCCGGCACCAAAUUUCACACUGACUAGGCAGGCUCUUCCGACGCUUGCGCGUCUGAUUCACCACACUGACGAGGAGGUCUUGACUGAUGCGUGCUGGGCUUUGUCAUACCUGUCCGACGGUGACAACGACCGUAUCGACAAAGUCAUCGAGUCGGGAGUGUGUCGUCGCCUGGUUGAGCUCCUGCUGCACAAUUCGCCAGGCGUGCUUGUGCCAGCGCUGCGCACCGUGGGCAAUAUUGUGACCGGCAACGACAUGCAGACACAGGUCAUCAUCAACUGUGGUGCUCUGCCCUGUCUUCAUAAUUUGCUGAUGACAAACCACAAGAAGAGCAUUAAGAAGGAGGCGUGCUGGACAGUCUCCAAUAUUACGGCAGGCACAAAGGACCAGAUUCAGUCUGUGUUUGAUGCAGGCCUCAUUCCGCCGCUCAUCACGCUACUUUCGAAUGCUGAAUUUGACAUUAAGAAGGAGGCGGCAUGGGCAAUUAGCAAUGCAACUUCAGGCGGCACUGCUGACCAGAUCAAGUAUUUGGUUCAGAACAACGCCAUCAAGCCCCUCUGCGAUCUCCUUACUGUCGCGGAUGUUCGCAUCAUUACGGUGGCUUUGGAGGGUCUCGAAAACAUCCUCAAGGUUGGUCAGCAGGAGCGUAACAUACCGGGUGGCAUGGGAGUCAACCCAUUCGCCCAGAUGAUCGAGGAUGCAGACGGCCUGGACAAGAUUGAGCAUCUACAGGACCAUCCCAACGAGGAUCUCUAUGAGAAGGCUGUUCACAUUCUUGAGACGUAUUUCGAUGUGGACGACGGAGAGGACCAGAACCUGGCGCCUGGUGUGAACCCCAGUGGCAAUACCUACUCCUUCGGAGUUGCUCCAUCACAAGGCUUCAGCUUCGGGGAGUCGCAGGCUGGAGCAGCGCCACAGUUUAACUUCCAGUGAAAGGGAAUAUGCAACGUCUAGGGGGUUUGGAUUACCUGCAGGAGGGUCUGCGAUGGAUGUGCAAAUACGUAUGGGCGUUCAGCACGUUAGCAGGAAAUUUGAUGCUGGCAGGUUUGGGGACACAGCUUUCCAGGUGUUGGUCGAAUGCAGCUUUGCCCACUGUUAACCAUGUUAGCUCAUGAAUGGCCGUUCGGGGGAAUUCGUUUGCUUCAAUGCGUCGUCUUCAAUAUUUCUGUUUAGCAUAGUCGCUCUCCUGUCGCCUUUAUGUCUGGUGCCUUGAUGCUAGGCAGCGCAGGGUGCGAGAGUAGCAUUUACUGAAGAACAGUAAGCAGUGUGCGGCUGGUGUUCAGUGUUUAGGUAGUGUGCCGGAAUGCCAGUCUGGUUUCGAGCCUUUUUGAGGGUAAUUGCGCUCAGAUGUUUUGUCUUUUUUUUAUGAGCGAUGAUGUUUGCCGCUUGGGAGUUUGUCGUCCUUAUGAUUGCGAGUGGUGGAGAGUCUUCGUUUAUGAGAUGGGGUGUGCCUCGCGUAUGUUAUGGUUUAAUUUUCCUGUUUUGGUGUUUGCGAUUGUGAUACAUAAUUAUUUGCUACAUUCUUGCAACUCAAUCGCCAACACCAAAACGUGACGUGUGAUAAUGUUUGGGCUAACUGUUCUAAACGUAGCGUCGUCUCGUUCAUGUUCGGUUGCAUACUUGUUUGUCAUGUCGAUGCACUCGUCGUGGUUUGACAAAUGAUUUUUCUACCUGACAGUAUUGUGAACUUCGUCGCCGGGCAACAUUAUCGCCUCAUUCCGCAUGAUUUGGAAGAGGUGUUGUUAGUUGCCGUCAUAAAUGUAAUAGUGCUUUCGAGGUGAAUAAGUUUAAUAGUGCUGUGAAAGUGAAAAGUGCUGGUGCGUAUUCCGUCCCGCUUUACACAAUGCAAAUGCGCAUGCGUCACUUUUCUCCUUCAAGUCCUGUGUUUUACGCCAAAGUCGUCGAAGUUUAUUUCGUCAUCACAGUGUAUGCCUGGCUCAUUUCGCUAACAUUGGCGAAGGUAGUCAAUCUUGCUCACAGAUGUUCGGCUGUUCCAUUGGGGUGUGGGGGAACCGAUGCAGGAUUCGUUCGUCUGCUAGACAGUAUGGUGCCAGUUGUCGAGGUUUGUGGAUCGAGAGAUGGUAAAAAAGAAGUGCAAGUGGCAACAAGAGCAUCACACCACCAGGAUGUCUUGUUAUCUGCAUGGAAUAUGGAAGAACACCAUUAC